AACAGUGGACCUACAAGAAAUGCCACGCAUGCAUUCUCUCUAUCUCCUCAUCCAUCACUUCUCCAAUCUCCGUUCCAGAACAUCUCAUUCAAUUUCUUAAUUUCAUUGAUAAGAUACCCUUUUCUUCAUUUUUCUAUCCUUAACCAACCAAACCAAAAUGUGUUCUGCUACUGCUACAACACCCUUGUUUUCUACCGAUAACCACAUUCCCAAAUCCUUCACUCGUCUUUGCAAACCCUUUCAUUCUAGGGUUCCUACUUCCAUUUCCUUUCAUUCCUCACGACCCACCUUUUUUGUCAGAGCUACGGUUGUAAAAUGGCGAUGUCCAAAUCAAACUUUACCUCCAAACAGUGAUACCGGUUUCCAAAAAAAGGUCUUGUAUCUAGAAUCUAUCGGUAUUGACUCUUUCUCCCUUAUUGAAAAUCAUCCGAAGCUGGUUACUGCGUCACUUGACGAUAUAAAAUCCACAGUGAAAUACAUUACCGGAAUGGAUUUCUCUACAAUCGAGUUUCGGCGUUUGGUUGGCAUGUGCCCGGAGAUUCUUACCACCAAAGUCUCAGACAUUAUACCCGUCUUCACGUUCCUUCACCGAGAAGUUCGUGUAAGUGGCUCAAAUAUCAAGCAUGUAAUAAAUCGCCGUCCUCGGUUGAUUAUUUGCAAUGUUGAUAAGCAACUUCGUCCUACUAUGUACUUCCUCCAAAGUAUUGGCAUAGAAGAGGUAAACAAGCACACCCAUUUGCUAUCAUGUAGUGUCGAAGACAAGUUUAUACCCCGAAUUGAAUACUUUAAAAAUAUUGGAUUCUCUCGCCGUGACACUACAUCGAUGUUCCGAAGAUUUCCUCAGCUGUUUUGUUAUAGUAUUAAGAAUAAUUUGGAGCCUAAAUACAAUUACUUUGUGGUGGAAAUGGGGAGAGAUUUGAAGGAGGUGAAAGAAUUUCCUCAUUAUUUCUCAUUUAGCUUAGAGAAUAGGAUUAAGCCUAGACAUAAACGGUGUGUAGAAAUGGGUGUGUGUUUUCCACUUCCUUUGUUAUUAAAGACUAGUGAAGUUACAUUUCAGAAUAGAUUAGAAGCAUUUGUAAAUUCUUCAACACCCUUGAAAACAUCUCCUUUGUGGUGUGCUGGCCGUGAUAUUGAUCAAGUAUAGACAAAACAAUUGCUCUGUAUAUUUACCUUGUUUUUUGUGACUUAUUUUUUAUGGAUAGAUAAUGUUAGGAAAUUAGUGGUUAUGUUAGUUUACAGGGCUCGAAUUUUGAACCUCCUGCUUAAAACUCUUUUGGUGUUCCUU